UCCAAUUUGCUUUCUUCUAGAUCAUCCUUUUCAGUCAUUCAUUCAUUUCCUGUGCCCCAUCUCAAAGCAGUCCACUUCUCUUCCCCACUAUUUUCUUCAAAACUGUAAAUCUCUAUUUCGUUUGAUGUGAUCUAGGAAUUCCUUGUUUUCAGUGAUGAAGAAGAGUGGUAUUCUCUUUUGUUAGGGCAUAUAGCUAUAGCUCAGAGAAAUAGGAAUAAAUGGGAUUGAAGUUCAUAUUAUUAGCAAUUCUGUACUGGGGAUCUCUAUUUGGCACGACGAGAGCCGAACUCAAUGAAGAUAAACAAGCUCUUCUUGAUUUCAUUAAUAACAUCCACCACUCUAGGAAGUUGAAUUGGAAUGAGCAAGCAUUAGCCUGUGAGAGCUGGGUUGGAGUUACCUGCAAUCAUGAUAAGUCUAGAAUUAUAUCAGUCAGGUUGCCCGAGAUUGGAAUGGUCGGAUCAAUUCCUCCGAACAGCCUAAGCCGAUUGUCUGCGCUUCAGAUUUUGAGUCUGAGAUCCAAUCAUAUUUCUGGUCUUUUCCCUUAUGAUUUGCUAAAGCUUGAGAAUUUGACAAUGCUCUCUCUCCAAUCAAAUAACUUCCAUGGUCCUCUGCCGGCUAGUCUUUCUGUUUGGAGAAGUAUUUAUGCCUUGGACUUAUCGAAUAAUGCCUUUAAUGGGAGUAUACCAUCCUCCAUGACAGACUUGACGCACUUAACAGUUUUGAAUCUCGCGAACAAUACAUUCUCUGGUGAUAUUCCUGAUCUUAACCUUCCUAGCCUGCAGAUAUUAAAUCUUUCCCAUAAUAAUCUCACUGGGAAUGUGCCUCAAUCUCUAGAUAGAUUCCCUAAUUCAGCCUUUGCUGGUAACCAGCUUUCUCGAGAUAUCCUUUUUACUCCAGCUCCUUCUGUUCUCCCUCCUGGUUUUCUGUCAAACAAGAAGUCCAAAAAACUUGGUGGAUAUGUACUUUUGGGAAUCACAAUUGGAGUCUGUGGUUUGGGGUUUGUGGUAAUUUUCGUGUUGCUGGUUCUGUCCUGUUCGCGAAAAGAAGAUGAUAAUGGUAUUCCAGCAAAACCACUCAAAAGAGAUGAAUCUUUAAGCAAGGUAGCUUACAGAAAGACUCGGAACGAAAGAGGAAAUGUGGUAUUCUUUGAUGGUUGCAAUCUUUCAUUUGACCUUGAAGACUUGUUGAGAGCUUCUGCCGAAAUUAUAGGGAAGGGGGCAUUUGGAACCACAUAUAAGGUAGCUUUAGAGGAUGCAACAACGGUUGUGGUCAAGAGAUUGAAGGAAGUAAGUGUGAGGAAGAGAGAAUUUGUAUAGCAGAUGGAGGCCAUUGGAAAUAUCAAACAUGAGAAUGUGGUUCCUUUGAGGGCAUAUUACUACUCCAAGGAUGAUAAGCUGAUAGUGCAUGACUACUACAGCCGUGGGAGUGUGUUUUCCAUGCUACAUUCUAAAAGAGGUGAAGGAUGGAUUCCUUUAGAUUGGGAAACCCGAGUAAGAAUUGCCAUUGGUGCAGCAAGAGGAAUUGCUUACAUCCAUGGACAGCAUAGAAGGAUGUUUGCUCAUGGCAACAUCAAAUCAUCAAACAUUUUCCUAAACUCUGAACAAUAUGGUUGCAUAUCUGAUCUUGGCUUGGCAAAGCUGAUAAAUCCAAUUGAUCAUCCACCAAUCAUUCGAACUGCAUGGUACCAUCCUCCAGACUCAAGGAAAGUUACACAAGAAUCCGACGUCUACAACUUCGGUGUCUUUCUGCUUGAACUUCUAACCAGGAAGUGCCCAACAUACACCACAUGUGGCAACAAUGAGGUUGUUGACUUGGUAAGAUGGGUUCACUCUGUAGUUCGGGAAGAAUGGACUGCUGAAGUGUUCGACGUGGAGCUUUUGAAGUGUCCCAACAUAGAGGAAGAAAUGGUAGAAAUGAUGCAGAUAGGGAUGUGUUGUGUGGCUAGAAUUCCUGUGCAGAGACCAAAUAUGUCAGAUGUCGUGACAAUGAUGGAGGGAAUUGGAAGAAUGAAUACGGGGACUCAGCCGUCAACAGAAAAUUCAACUCCCGUUUUGACUCCACCCAUGGCUGAUAUAAAAUCUUCAUACCCCCACUGAUGCAGUCUUUGUUCAUGUGUUCUACAUAAAACAUGUUUGGAGUACUUCUCAGUCAAUUUUUGUUAUAUAUUGUUCCCAUAUUACCUGUCCCAUUCUUAAAAGUUUUUUUUAGUUUUUCUUAUGUCAGUGUACAUGCCAACUUUGA